CAUGGAAGGAAGACAAACUCAGUUGGUUCACAUGGACCGCAGUAUGAAAGCACUGACCUGCGAUAUAACUUUUAAAUUUUGUUGUCGCUUUAUUUUCCGCCAGUUAUAGAUAUGUAAUACACCUCUUUUUGGACACUUUAUUCAGCAGGUGGGAUUGUUGUGGUAUCACCAGCAUUCACAGGAGAUUCACCAGGGGAUUCACCAGGAUUCAACAGGAUCAUUAUACUGCGGGUUUAUUGGUGGCAAACGUGGCUAGUUUAGUUUAUACAGUAAACCGGCAUCUGUGUGAAGAAUAUGUUGGAUUUUUUGCCUUUAUUCUCCUCUUGUACAAACUUCUAGAGCUAAAACUCUUGUGAAACUCGGACACGCAGCAGAAACUUUACUAUUUCUUGCUCAGGACGUUGUGUUGGUUCUCAUCAUGACGGAGCACAGAUACUCCAGUUUGGAUGAAACAUCACUUCAGACCCUGCUGGAGGCCACUUUGGACAUCAGCGAGCGCAGAGUCAUCCGCUCUGCCAUCCGAGAGCUGCGGCACCGUGAGAUUGAAGACCUGGAAACUGCGCUGACCAACAAGAGAUUCCGACAUGCUCCAGAGCACAGACAUGACGAUAAAGAAAAUCAGCAUCGGCCUGACUUGGCAGCAUCCUUGGAUGUGCUUUCUCGGAAGCUUCAGGAUAUUCAGGACAUUGAUGUGCUCUCUGUGAUGUUGCGUAGUAGCAAAGAGUAUGAAGAGAGGAAACUCAUCCGAGCCACCAUCCGCAGACUGAGAGAGAAAGAGAUUGAAGCAGGUGCACAGGAGAAGGUUCAUUUAAGUGGCCAGCAGAUGGAGAAACAACAAAAGCCUCCAAGAAGCUUGGAGUUGGAGGACACACCAAAGGAAACCGUGGACAAGUCUGAACGGAUUGAAAAACUCCACUCCAGCCAAACACAGAGCAAAGAGGCCCAUAAAACAGGCUGUAACUCUGACAUGGUGUUGGUGUUGGACCCACUCCAGGAGAAGGUGUCCUGCCCUCUGACUGCGCGCUCUGACCUCGACUCUCCUCCCUCUGAUGUCAUUCCUCGGUAUCGCACCCAUUCCAACUGUAGUGACUCUGUGUGCAGUCCCAGCUCCCAAAACUGCUCCAGAGUGUGCACUUCGGAGCAGGGGGAUGAAAAAGCCAGUGGAUCCUCAUCAAGCACUGACACAGACUCUGAUGCUCAGGAGAAGAUUGCAGAGCCAUAUUCUUCCACAAGCAACUUCAUAGAUGCUCCUGAUGGCGCCGCAUUCUCCUCCAUACAGAGGCGACGUGCCAUCAAAAAGCCUUCUGAAGAUGGCGUGCAGAAGGGCACAUCCAGCAUGAACACUUCACUGUUUCCUGUACGGAAUGAUGCAGCAUUCGCAUCGUGCUAUCCGUCAUUUAGCCGAGGAGGUUCAGUCCGUGACCGAGUGCGCAAGUUUACAGAACCUGCAGAAGUUUCCAUCGAGAAGAGGAAUGUGCAGAGAAGCAUCCACAGAGGAACCUUCACCUCUAUCCCAGCACACUCUGAGCCCGAAGAUCACACUCAGGACGUUCCUUCAUCCAUUCCUUCCUUCUCAGACAGCAGUGUGAACCUCGACCAAUCAGAGCAGGCAGUGGGUGGGCCUCAGUGCACUACUGAAAAUGUCAGGAGUGCUUGUUGUAGCCCAGAAGAGGGAGAAACUCCCAGGGGAACAGCAUCUUCAGACACACAGGAAGUCCAGGGAGAUUCUUAUUCCAACAUGAAGGCCUUCUUGACCAUCGAGAUCAAAGAUGGAAGAACCUCAUCGACAUCUUCAUCCACAUCCAUGUCCGGAGCCAUGCCACGAAUCCUCACAGGCUCUGCUGCACAGAGAGCAGAGUUGACGCUUGGUCUGAGAGCAACACCAUUCAAGCUCCAGAGUUCCGACCUCUCCACAGGCUCGUCCCUAAAGAUGGAAACAGAGCCUGCGUUUUCAAUCGAACCUGCUCUCCAGACGGCCAGCGAGGCUCCAGUGGUCCAGAACGGCUCCUCUGUGUCCCAACAACAAAAAGACACAGACAGCGUCACGGGAACUCUCACCUCUGAACAGCUCGAGGCCAUUGAGGAUGAGGCGAUCCUGGAUAAAAUGCUUGAUGACUCCAAAGAUUUUGAGGAGAGAAAAAUGAUUAGAGCAGCCAUGAGAGAGCUCCGGAAGAAAAAAAGAGAGGCCAGGUUGGGAUGUUCACAGGAGGAGCUCGACCAAAGAGAGAAGGAGAGGGAUCUGCGUUUGCAGGAGCUGAGGCAGCAGAGAGAUGAGCGAGCUCAGAAGAAUCGUCCGGGUGCAGGAGAGGUGGUGGUGAAGAAGAUCGAGAAGUCAGCUGACCGCUCCACCGUCAGCGAGAUCACGAAGACAAACCGCUUCGCUCAGUCAGAUGAUGGCAGCAGGUUGACCCGCAGUACCAUCAUGGAAACCACUUUCACACAGAAGUUUGACCGAGGAACCAUGCAGACAAAGUCCUUCAGCUACUCCUCGUCCUCCUCCAGUACAAGCAAGAAGAUCGGAAGCGUGUUCGAUCGUGAGGACGACACCUCACGUGGAGGAGGCAGCUUGGCGGCGCUGGAGCGCAGACAAGCAGAGCGUAAGAAGGAAAUCACGAGGGCUCAGACGAUGCCUAAAACCUCCACCUCACAGGCCCGGAAAGCUAUGAUCGAGAAGCUUGAGAAGGAAGGCGGCGGCAGCAACUCAGCGGUUGCACAGGUGAAGGUCCAGCGCUCCACCAGCUUUGGUGUCCCCAACGCUAACUCCAUUAAACAGAUGCUGCUGGACUGGUGCAGAGCCAAGACUCGCGGCUAUGAAAAUGUGGAUAUUCAGAACUUCUCCUCCAGCUGGAGUGAUGGGAUGGCCUUCUGUGCUCUGGUGCACAACUUCUUCCCAGAGGCUUUUGACUAUUCCAACCUGAGCCCAAGCAAUCGCAGGCAGAACUUUGAGGUGGCCUUUAGAACAGCAGAGGCCUUUGCUAACUGUAUGCCCCUGUUGGAAGUGGAGGACAUGAUGAUAAUGGGCAAGAAGCCUGACUCCAAGUGUGUCUUCACCUAUGUGCAGUCGCUGGUCAAUCAUCUGCGCAGAUAUGAGAUGACAUGUCGAGCACACUUGGAUCACUGAGUGCUUACUUACACCCCGAGCCUCAACGCCACCACAUUGUUGUGGUUUUUUUUUUUUUUUUUUUUUUAAAUAGUGAACUGUUUGCUCUAUCAAAGUUUCACCUGCAACAAAUCGAGGAUGAAACUAUCCCAGGUCAAGGGAAAGGAAAAUAAUGUUAAUCAUUAAAAAAGAGUUCUAUGUAACAAUGAAAUAUGAACAUGUUUUGGCAAGAAAAAAUGUUUUUAUUUAGAGUCCCAGAAACCGUCAUGACCUGAUGUCUAUUUUAUUUCUAAGCCUGAGGCAUCCCCAUAAUGAUCCAAUCAAAUUCACUCAAGAACGAUUCAUCAAACGAGUUUGAAUCACAGUUCUGUUUUGCAGCUGAUUUAAAGCAGACUGUGCAGUAAAAAUGCUGAUUGAUCCGAGGACCGGCUUCCACGCCAUAGUAGGAGAGGAACUGUUUUAGCAUGGGGAUUACACACACACACACACACACACACAUCACAGCGCAGCCUCACAGACGCCCAAACACUCGUGUACAGACUUCAGCGUGUUCUUUUUUUGUGUCUAAUUUAUGCCUUACAUUUCACUCGUGAAUUUUACUUUGUCUUUACUCUCUCAAUAUUCUUUUGAAGGAGAUUUAGCGGAAAAAUGACAAAUGGCUCAUCAGUCACACACGUUUUCACCCGGAUUCUAGAGACGGAAAAGGAAAUGUUUCAGCCAUGCGUAUCCUGGGUUUGUGGGUUUUUGUUUUUUAUUUGGUUUUGGCUUUCCCAAAGAGUGAAAAACAGUUUUGUAUUUUCUUUUUAAAAUAUAUCUUGAGUGAGUCUCUAACUAUUGGCUUAAUCUGCAAAUAAUUUUAUUGAAAAAAAUGACUGAUUUACAGGGCAGCGUUAACGCUAUGUUCAUUUUAAGCAUCUGAGAAUUCAUUUAAUGUGCUAAUAAGCUGUCUCUCGUAUCUUGUAUAAAAAAUAGCAUUAAAACACAAAAGGAUGUUGUAAUUCUAUCACUUUUAGCCACUCUUGUUGUCAUUUUCUGAAGUCCAUCCUCCUGCUGUAACUGACUGGGAGAGGACGUUCUCUCAUAGCUGGCUCUCUGUUCUACGUCAUUACGUAGCAGAGAUGAGAGAAAUCACGCCAUCUUUCUCUCCAGACAGGUCAGCUGCCAUCUGCAGCACUUCCACAGUGUUAUUACUGAUGAGCUUCAGCAGCAGGUGAUGCUCUAAACUUUUCUGUUCCACACUAUAAAUCAGACCCUGUUGUAUAUGUGUAGAAAAAAAGAGUUUGUUGGCUUGGAUCGUUGUUUGUUUUAUAUUGUUGCACAGAGGAAUAUUGUUCACUUAGCAUUUCUGUACACUGCUAAUUAAUAUGAAGUAUGAUAUUAAAACCUUUUAAGAAACCA